GAGCACGCAGGCAGCAGGAACAUCAGUCUGCCUCUGGAAUGAGUGUUGGUGGCUGCAAAGCCUGGAACAUGGACGAAUUCCUGAAAUCUGCACCGAGUUUUGGCCGAAGAGCCGAGGAGUGACUCAGUUGUUCGCUGGGGGUGAGGAAGCAGCGGGAGAUGCGGAUCGACCCAUAACUCCAAACCUGAGGCAGCAAAGUGGUGGCAAAACCGGGGAGAGAAACCUGCCGGGCCCCCAACCCACCGCCCCUCAGGAGUCUUGAAAAAUGGCACCAGCUGCUCCCAGAGAAGCAGGAGUAUGGAGGCAAACCCGAGCGCUCCUGUUCAAGAACUGUCUUAUUAAGGGAAGGACUAAGAAAAGCAGUGUCCAGGAGGUCCUUUUCCCCCUGUUUUUCCUGUUUUGGCUCAUCCUGAUGAGCAUGAUGCACCCGCACAGGAAGUACGACGAGGUGCCCAACGCCAACCUGGGCACCCUGGACACCUCCCAGCUGGUGAACUUCGUCGUUGGGUACACGCCACCCACCCGGAUGGCACGAGAAAUCAUGAAGAAAGUGGCCUCUGAUAACUUUGAAGAUGGCAUCAUCACUGAGGAGUAUUUAAGUGAGGAGGAGCUGCAAGAGGCCAGUGCUGUCAAACCUUCCAACUUCGUGGGGGUCGUGUUCAAGGAUUCCAUGUCCUACCAGCUGAGGUUCCACGACUCCAUCGCCAUGUCCUCCAUUUAUACGGAAUCCAGAGCCAGCUGCUCCAACCUGGGGAAGGGCUGUGAGUCAGUGACCUACUGGAGCUCGGGGUUCACGGCGCUCCAGGCCUGUAUCGAUGCUGCCAUUAUCCAGCUGAAGACGAAUCAGUCGGUUUGGGAACAGCUUGAACUGACGAAAGCAGUGGUUAUGGGAGAGGCUGCUGUGGUGGAAAUAGAUAAUUUCCCCCGUGCAAUCAUUUUAAUUUACCUGGUGAUCGCCUUCUCCCCGUUUGGGUAUUAUUUGGCAAUUCAUAUUGUGGCAGAAAAGGAGAGGAAGUUGAAGGAAUUCCUGAAAAUAUUGGGACUCCAUGACACUGCCUUCUGGCUUUCCUGGGUGCUGCUCUACGUGAGCCUGAUUUUUGUCAUGUCCAUUCUCAUGGCAGUGAUCGCCACGGCCUCCUCCCUCUUUCCCCAGAGCAGUGCCUUUGUGAUAUUUCUCCUUUUUUUCCUGUAUGGAGUCUCCUCAGUUUUCUUCGCCCUUAUGCUGACACCUCUAUUUAAAAAGUCAAAGCAUGUGGGUAUAGUGGAGUUCUUGGCCACGCUGGCUUUUGGGUUUGUGGGCCUGAACAUUGUCCUGCUGGAGGAUUUCCCCAAAUCUUUCGUGUGGUUUCUCAGCCCUUUGUGUCAGUGCAGCUUCUUGAUUGGUGUCGCACAGGUCAUGCAUCUGGAAGAUUAUGAAGAUGGGGCAACAUUUGCAAAUAUAAAUGAUGGUCCUUACCCGCUCUGUAUCUCUCUUAUUUUGUUGGUGCUGGACAGCAUCUUUUACCUGCUUGUAGCUGUGUACCUUGACCAGGUUAUCCCAGGGGAGUUCGGGCUGCGCCGCACCCCGCUGUUCUUCGUGAAACCCUCGUUUUGGUCCAAGCACAGGAAGAAUUACAAGGAGCUGUACGAGAGCAGCAUCAACGGCAGCUUGAGCUUCAGCGAGAUCGUGGAGCCCGUGCCCUCGGAAUUCCAGGGGAAAGAAGCCAUCAGAAUCAGCUGUGUUCAGAAAACAUUCAGGAAAAAGGGGGAAACUGUGGAGGCUCUCAGAAAUUUGUCCUUUGACAUCUACGAGGGUCAGAUCACAGCUCUGCUGGGGCACAGCGGCACCGGGAAGACGACGCUGAUGAACAUCCUCUGUGGGCUGUGCCCACCCACAGAUGGGUUUGUCUCUGUCUAUGGGCACAAAGUCUCCGAGAUCGAUGAGAUGCUGGAAGUGCGGCAGAUAACGGGGGUGUGCCCUCAGUCUGACAUCCACUUUGAUAUUUUAACUGUGGAGGAGAAUCUCUCCCUCUUUGCUGCCAUUAAGGGAAUCCCUCAGAAUGAUUUGAUACAAGAAGUGCAGAAGGUGUUGCUGGAUUUGGAGAUGCAGCCCAUCAGGGACAAUCAAGCUAAAAAACUAAGUGGGGGGCAGAAGAGGAGGCUGUCAGUGGGAGUUGCUGUUCUUGGGAACCCCAAGGUUUUGCUGCUGGACGAGCCCACGGCCGGGAUGGAUCCCUGUUCCCGGCACAUCGUCUGGAACCUCCUGAAAAACAGGAAAGCCAAUUGUGUCACCGUGUUCAGCACCCACUUCAUGGACGAGGCAGAUAUCCUGGCUGAUCGUAAAGCUGUGAUUUCUCAAGGGAUGUUGAAGUGCCUCGGAUCUUCUCUCUUUCUCAAAAGCAAGUGGGGAAUUGGCUACCGCUUGAGCAUGCACAUCGAUGCCUAUUGCAACACAGAAGCUACGACCUCUCUGAUCAGGCAGCACAUCCCUGCAGCCACCCUGAUCCAGGAGAACGAUGAGCAGCUCGUGUACACCCUCCCCCUCAAGGACGUGGACAAAUUUGCAGGCUUGUUUUCUGACCUGGACACCCACUCCCACCUGGGUGUUAUCACCUACGGCGUGUCCAUGACCACGCUGGAGGACGUCUACCUAAAGCUGGAAGUUGAGGCAGAGAUCGACCAAGCAGAUUACAGUGUGUUCCAUUCCCAGCAAGUGCAGGAGGAGGUGGAUAACAAAUCCUUGGAUGACAUGGAGCAGAGCCUGCUGAUGCUGUCGGAGACAAAGGCUCCAGCCAUGAGCAACACAGCCCUGUGGAAGAAGCAGGUUUCCACCAUAGCCAAAGUGCAUUUCCUUACCCUGAAGAGGGAAAAUAAAUGUGUGAGAGUUAUGUUGUUGCUUUUUCUGAUAUUUCUUGUCGUUCAGAUUUUAUUGUUUUUCAUACACCACAUCAUCAAAAAUUCUGUAGCUGCUAUCAAACUUUCCCCAGAUUUGUACUUGCUGAAGCCUGGAGAGAACUAUCACAAGUACAGGAGUCGGCUCCUGCUGCAGAACUCCACAGAAUCGGAUAUCAAUGACAUUGUCCACUCCCUUGGGAGCAUGAACAUACUCCUGGAGAUGUUCAAUGACAGUGAUUAUGUCUCAGCUGCACCUCACAGUGCAGCUUUAAACGUGUUUGCCCUUCAAUCCAGGCAGAAUUAUGUUUUCACUGUCGUAUUCAACAGCACCAUGGUGCAUUCCCUGCCAGUUCUGAUGAAUAUUGUCAGCAACCUCCUGCUGCGCAGUUUAAAUGUGACUGAGAGCAUCCAAAUCUGGAGCAACCCCUUCAUUCAGAAUCUUCCAGACACGAUUUUCAGGAUGGAGAUCUAUUUUGAAGCCGUGUUGCUGGGGAUCAUCAUCACUGGAAUGCCACCCUAUUUUGCCAUGGACAACGCGGAAAACCAUAAGAUCAAGGCCUACACACAGCUGAAGAUUGCAGGGCUCUAUCCCUCUGCUUACUGGACUGGCCAAGCCGUCGUCGACCUCCCUCUGUUCUUCUCCAUCCUCGUCCUGAUGAUCGGGAGCCUCUUCGCCUUCCACUACGGGGUUUAUUUCUAUGUGGGCAAGUUCCUGGCUGUGAUUUUUUGCCUGAUUGGUUACGUCCCCUCAGUUGUGCUCUUCACUUACGUGGUCUCCUUCACCUUUAGAAAAGUCCAGAACACGAAAGAAUUUUGGUCAUUUAUAUUUUCAGUGACAGCCUUGCUCUGCACAGUUGUCACUGAAGUGGCCUUUUUUCUGGACUAUUAUGUGGUAACCACCAUCCUGCAUUAUGUCUUCUCCAUCUUCAUUCCUAUUUAUCCCCUUAUUGGCUGUCUGAUUUGUUUUAUAAAGGUCUCCUGGAAAGGCAAACGGAAGAGUGGGGGAUACUACGACCCGUGGGACCGGCUGCUGGUGGCAGUUCUGGCUCCCUAUUUGCAGUGUGUUGUGUGGCUCUUCCUGCUGAGGUGCUUCGAGCUGAAGAACGGAGGGAGGACGGUCAGAGAGGAUCCCUUUUUCAGAAAAUGCUUUACAAAAGCCAGAACCUGGAAGUUCCCAGAUGUGCCACAUGAGGAGAACGAGGAUGAAGAUGUGAGGGCGGAGAGGCUGCGAGUCAAAGAGAUCCUGAGCAGCCCCAAAAGUGAGGAGAUGCCAGCAAUCCUGGUCAGCAGCUUGCACAAGGAGUUUGAUGAAAGGAAGGAAUUUCUUCUGGGGAGAAAAAUAAAGAAAGUGGCAACAAAACAUGUUUCUCUCUGCGUAAAAAAAGGAGAAAUACUGGGUUUGUUGGGACCCAAUGGAGCUGGGAAAAGCACUUUAAUUAAUAUGCUCGUCGGAGAGAUUGAACCCACCAGUGGGCAAGUUCUGAUGGGAGAUUAUUCUUUGGGGCUGAGCAGUGAAGAUGACUCCGUGAAAUUUGUGGGGUACUGUCCUCAGACAAACCCUCUCUGGCCAGAUAUUACACUGCAGGAGCACUUUGAAAUUUAUGGUGCUAUCAAAGGAAUGAGUCAGUCUGAUGUUAAGGAAGUCGUCAAACGCAUCGCGAGCGCCCUGGAUUUGAAGGAUCACCUGCAGAAGACGACGAAGAAGUUGGGUGUGGGGCUGAAACGCAAGCUCUGCUUUGCCCUCAGUAUGCUGGGAAACCCCCGGGUCACGCUGCUGGAUGAGCCGUCCACCGGGAUGGAUCCCAAAGCCAAGCAGCACAUGUGGAGGGCAAUUCGAGCAGCCUUCAAAAACAAGGAGAGAGCAGCAAUCCUGACCACCCAUUACAUGGAGGAGGCAGAUGCUGUGUGUGACCGUGUGGCCAUCCUGGUGUCUGGGCAGCUCAGAUGCAUAGGUACUGUCCAACACCUGAAGAGUAAGUUUGGCAGAGGAUACUUCUUGGAGAUGAAACUAAAAGAUACAGCAGAUGUGCAGCAGGUGGAGUAUCUGCAGAGCCAGAUUUUGCACAUCUUCCCCAACGCCAACCGCCAGGAAAGUUUUGCUUCUAUUUUGGCCUAUAAAAUUCCUAAAGAAGAUGUACAGUCGCUUUCACAUUCUUUUUCCAAGCUGGAAGAAGUAAAACACACCUUUAACAUCGAGGACUACAGCUUCUCUCAGGCAACACUGGAACAGGUGUUUGUGGAGCUUGCUAAAGAGCAGGAGGAGGAGGACAGCAGCUUUGGCACCCUGAACAGCACGUUGUGGUGGGAGAGGACGCAGGAGGACCGAGUCAUCUUCUGAGCUCCGCGUGUGCAGAUCUGCUCAGAAGCUGCUGGUGGUGCCAGCAGUGAUCCUCCACACACACGCUGGGGCACGUGCCUGGAAAACAUUGGAGCUGGGAAGGACAAGGAGAACUGUGUUUGGAAGCCCUGAGCGUGUCCCACCAUCCUGGCCUUAGGAAUAACGCCACAGUCGCGGUGUGAGUGUCCCCAGCUGACCUGGAAUUCCUCCUCCCCUCGCUGUUCCCUGGUCUCUGUUGGGCAAGAGGCCACUGGUCGUCUCCUGCUGUUGGUGGCUGGUGUAGGAGCUCCCACCUGCCUUCCCUCAGCCCUCCCAUGCCCGGUGGGUGCCAGAGGUUGGGCUGUCUUAAAGGAGACCCUGCAUCUGAGCAAAGCCAGGUGCCACUGGAGCAUCCUUCCCUGUGGGGCUGGUUCACAGGGUCCUGCUGUGCCCUGUGCCCUCAGCUGGGCACUGCUGCCUGUCCCACGAGGUGCCCUGCAGACACAGCCCUGCAAGGUCCUGCUCCUCCACCAGCUCAUCCAUCCCUGCUUAUGCUUUGAAGAUGCACCUGCUUAGAAGAGAGGGAGGGAAAACCACUCCAGAGUAACUGCAUCACUGCAGAGAGGGUCCUGAAUUCCCAAAAAACCCACUCCAGAGUUAAUGCAUCACUGCAGAGAGGGUCCUGAAUUCCCAAAAACCCCACUCCAGGGUAACUGCAUCACUGCAGAGAGGGUCCUGAAUUCCCAAAAAAACCCACUCCAGAGUAAGUGCAUCACUGCAGAGAGGGUCCUGAAUUCCCCAAAACCCCACUCCAGGGUAACUGCAUCACUGCAGAGAGGGUCCUGAAUUCCCCAAAACCCCACUCCAGAGUAACUGCAUCACUGCAGAGAGGGUCCUGAAUUCCCAAAAAAAACCCACUCCAGAGUAACUGCAUCACUGCAGAGAGGGUCCUGAAUUCCCCAAAACCCCACUCCAGAGUAACUGCAUCACUGCAGAGAGGGUCCUGAAUUCCCCAAAACCCCACUCCAGAGUAACUGCAUCACUGCAGAGAGGGUCCUAAAUUCCACCGCGAGCUGGGUUUGGCGUCCGACCAACGUGAAAAUGUUCAUUUACAGGCAUAACAUGGCACUUGUUGGCACUUCCAUUCGUUUCUCCUGCAGGUUGGCAGCUGUGGCUGAGCCCUGCUGCCGUUGUGGGUGGCACUGGUGUUUGUCCUACAUGUGCUGGGGGUGACAGGGGGUGCACAGAGGGGAUCUGUUCCUUCCCCCGCCGGGGGAAAGUACAAAGACAUAACUGUGUAAGUCACGGGAUUUGCAGAGAUGUGAGUAUUCCUUGUGCUCAUUAAAAACAGCCUGAUUCUUUCCUUGGGUGUAACAACAUGUGUCCUGCCAGCUGCUCUCAGACACAGUCCUUUGGAGAUGUUUUCGUUCUCCUUGCCAGUGGAUUCAGAAGUACACGUACCAGUGUUUCCUAAUCCCUCUCUGUUGGGAUAGCAGUCAGUAACACAGGGACACUUGCUUCGUCCUGUCCUGGCAAUUUGUCACUGACCUUUGUGAAAACCAAACUCAAAUGAUCCCAAUUCACAGCCUCACCCGCAGGAAUGGUGCCUUUUGGUUUGCACAGAAGCACUGAGAGGAGUAGAAUAGGUGAUCCUUCAGCCUAAGAGAUGACAGAUGUAUGUUGAAAAUAUUUUUUUUUGUUUUUCUACACAAAGAUAUCAUCUUUUUUUUUUUUUUUUAGUUUUAUAAGGUGAAAUUAAAGGUUGCUCACAGUUUGUUGUGCUCUGCAAUGAACAGGUACAGAGAUGUGUUUAUAUCGAGAUGUUGGCUUCAUAAGUGAUAUCAUUUAUGUCUCUUCACAGUAAAGCUAGAAAAGAUCUUUUGUUUUUCUUGUGAAAACUCAAAAAACUGAGUUAAGGUGGAGUUGUCCCAGCUGUUUGUAAUUAUCAGGCAAUAAUGUGUGUGUCUGAUAAUGGUUUAUCAUUGUGUUGAGCCAAAACCUGUUUUGAUUAGUUUCUUAGUCCACUGUAGGGAGAUGUGAACUCUUUAUGUACCACUUUGCUUCCUCUUCUUUUGUGCCUGUGCAUUGCAUAUGAAUGUGCAGCUUUGGUUUUGUGGUUAAAAACGAGCCCAAGCACUGCAGAAAGCUUGGACAUGCCAUUUCUUCCCCAGGCAAUCACAGUCUGUGGUUCUGCCUGUUUUGGUGAGCCCUGGAAGUGAAACAGAGGUAAAGGGUGGCCUUAAAGCACCAGCCUCUGAACUGCAGCUCCAGUGGAACCUUCUAGGGGUGAAUCUUCCCUGUCAGAGAAGAAAAUGGCCCAAAUUCAGGUGUUUUGUUUAUUUAGCCCCCGGGCCCCCCAGCCCAUUGCUCCCAGCCUGAGCAUUUUCCUUUAUUUGGAGCAAAGGUGGGACCCAGGAUUUUGUCUGGUGGUACUUUCCCACAUAGGUAGGUACAAGUUCAGUGUGUCUUCUCCAAGUCCCACAUUCCUUACUUUGUGAGUGGUGUGUCAGCCAAGUGUCACAUCAGUCCAUCAGUGCACAGCACGUUCUUGUCACGUGAACUUAUGGAAGCCCAGUGUGACCUGUGAGCCUUGGUGUCUUCCUUUCGUUUUAUUCUUUAACUUAGAGUUAAUAGCCUGUAAAAUAGUUCUGUACUGUCUGGGUGACAACAUCCUGUUUCAGAUAGUUCCAUAUUAUCUAACUUUUCAAAUGGAUCGUAUGAAAACUUGGGUUAGCAGCCACAUGAGCUCGGUUUGGUGCUGUUGUUUAUCCUGGAGGAACCCAGGGGAUGGUGGCACUGUAUUUGUGCAGCUACAUGGACAAAGAUUUUUGGCUCGUUUCAGUGACUGUGCGUUUGGGUGGGAUCUUUUUGGCGUGGUGACAUCGUGUGUCAGUGGGGGGUGAGAUGCCACCCCCAAACAUCACUGUCAUCAUAGUGUGUUGUGUCAGAAGUGUUUCAAAGCGUCACACAAUGUCUGUCAUUGCCAGGGCAGGGGGGAAACACAUGCAAAAUUAAACCAGAGAAUCCCCUGGAAACACAAAAGCUUUGCUGCUGUGAUUUGGAGUCCCUUUGUUCAGCUGUUAUCAGUGACACGCCAAGUCCCGGGUGUACAACACACACAGCGUGUGCUGUAGGAGAUAAACUGGAGCCAAGGCAGCUGGAUUUGGGGCAAAUCCACCCCAUUUGGGUCACCAUUCCCAGGUGUGAUGGUUUUAGUUAUCUUGCAGGGUUGUUGUGAGAUAGUAGCUGAUAUACCCAAAGCUUGGAAAACACGUUUACUUUGUGGUGUUGUUACAAGGUUGUAUUUUUCUAUGGAGAAUUUAAUGUGUCUUGAUUUUUGUUUACACUCCCGAGAAAAGUCCUUAUUUAAAAAUAUCUCUGUAUAGUGAGUGAAGUCUAUUGCAUAGCCAACAUCCAGAACUUUGGUGGCAGAAGCAGGUGGUGUUGGACCUAAAGGUGCCACGUUUGUGAUGCUCCUCCUGGUGUUGAACCACGUGCAGUUCAUUUUACACACUUGCCUUUCUUUUACCACUUGGCUGUACUUGUAAAGGUGAGGAUUUUCCUUUCCCUGCAGAAAGUACUACCGAAAUAAAGAUGGAUUGGAUUGUUAAA